AUGGUCAUGUCUCAAACUGUCAAUGAAACUAGGUGUUAUAACUUAAGCGACGUCAACUUAUCGAAACGACCUCCAAAACCUGGACCUCCUAAGAAAAUCUAUCGAUGGAAUUCUGAAUGCAGGCAACUUUUCGAUAAAAUUAUCCUUUGUCGACUUGAGAGUUAUAAAUUGUUAAACAUCAAAGGUUCUGCUGAAGACUAUCUUAGACGCCUUUUCCCAACUCUAAUACAACUUUGGCCUGAUGGUUGGAUUACUAAUGCUGCAUUAUGGCGUACCGGUUUACCAAUCUUCCAGAAGUUUUGCAGCGAAAAUGGCUUAAGCAACAACACUACAACAUCUCAGUUGCUUGCACGACCUAUGAACAACAACAGCCAUAAUGGUUCUACGCACAUAAAUAAUGGGAGAAACCACAAUUCACCUUCUACAAAUACCACACCUCUUCCUGACUCUAGUGUUUUAUCACAACAUAAUUCGCCCAUCGUCGUUGUACCUCAUGCUUCUUCGAAUAUUUCAAUUUCGACUGCCUCCAAAACGGUUCCGAAGAUACCCGAUCAUGUAGUACCAAGCAGUAGUCCACAUACAAGUUUAUCGGUUGUUUGCAGCCCUAAAUCUAGCCCUCAUGUAGUUCCUGUCACAAAACACUGUCAACCAGUCCCUACAUCACUUUCAACCGCACAACCAAUUAAUCGCCCGAAUUUCCGAGUUACUCCAUCUGCAGUUGCUCAUGGUCCGAUUCAUUCAAAAAUCGUCAAUACUAAGACCCCAGUAACGGUUUGUGUGGAAACUGGAACUUCUCGUUUAUCCUAUGUCCUUCAAUCGACCGCAGCAUCUAUAUCUCCAAACUCACUAGUAGUUCCUGUGGUAACUUCAACAUCUCAAAAUUCGCAGUCAAGUCGAACUCCUAUUUUACAGAAUGAAGCUGUUAUGGGUCGAACAGCCAGUCCAAGUUUACCUCUUCGUCUUGUCUCAUCCAGUUCUUCUAAUCCUGUAUCCACCAUUUUAGUAUCCAAGCCAGUACAGCUAAACUCAGAACUGAACAAAUCUACAAUGAUCAAUCCAGUAGCUCUCAAAAGGCAGUCAUACCCCAAUUGUCCAUCUUCACAGAAACCUCUAACUGCUCAAUUAAAGGUUGAUGAUCUUGGGAAGUCAAUGGUUCCUCUUAAUGAUGGUUCUCCAAAACAGUGUACACCAAACGUGCCUUCGAAUUUUUCUCAUAAUUUGAAUAAGUUUAAUCAACAAAUCACUUAUCAGUCUGCUGCUAUCGCUCUAUCUAACCAACAGAUUGACCAACUACAACAUCGUGCAUUGUCUAGUACUGGUAGAGUUGGAUUAAAUUUAAAUCCGACACUAGGUGCUGCAGCAGCUCUUCUCUUUCCUCCACAACCACCUCCUGCUCAUCAAUCCAAAUACCAGAGCUUGUCUUUACAGAACGAGAAUCCUAGAGAAAAUAUAACAACCACAAAUUAUGAUAAAACUUUUGUCAACUCAUGA